AUGGGCCGCGGUCUGCCGCUGCAAUACUUGGUGGAGGUGACGCCGCCUCCCCCAGAACGGCACUCGGCCCCAAGGGCCAGGGCACCCAGGUCAGCCAAGCACGGCCUAGCCAAGGAGAAGCUGGAAGCUGGACGCAGGAAGCAGCCCCCAAUAGUCAAGCCCAAGAUCCAAGAUCCAAGAUCCAAGCCACACUCCAACGUGCAAUGCAACCUUAGCGUCGUCCACUGCCACCACGCAACACCGCAACACCGCAGCACCGCUACGCUGCGUUUUGUCCUCGCUUUCUCACCUUUUUCAAUCCUCGCCUCGUCCUCGUCGACAACUCCGACCGGUUCUCUCGUUCCCCGUACCACCUCCCGGGGACCCUCGACCGUUUCGACUCGACCGAAUCGACGACCCCUCGGCUCCCACUACGCACCCCGCGGGCGAUCAACCCACAAGUCUCUCGCCUUCGUCGACGGGAUACGAGCAACCGUAACGCAACGCCAGACAAGCGAGCCGCACCGCGCUACCAAAUACGAAUUCCUGGCCAGGCACCGCCGCUGCGGGCGAAACAUCCCAAAACACCCUGUCCACCCUUUUGGCGCCUAA